UAAGCAACACGCCGCUGAAAAUAUGAAGACUGAACACCAAUGGAUAAUGCUGUACACUGACCCAUGCAUUCAUAAAAACAGUAGAGAUCUUAACAGUUUAGCAGUCAUUAAGUAUGAGAGUGGAUUUGAAGAAGGUUAAAUCACUGUUGUGUGAACGCAUGUGAAGAUGUUCCCGUUCCAGAGCCGGUUUGGUCAGUCUGAGUGCUCGUUCACACUUGUUUCUCAAGACUGAAGACAGGGAUCAGUGCAGAAGCAUGUGUUCUGUCCUCCACACAUGAUAAACCGUUCCUGAGCGGACUACUGAAGGAUAAACCACCUCCACAAGAGACUAACGAAUAAACCUGAUCCCUUCCCACUCAUCACUACACGUCGUGUCUAGCUGGCACCCGUCGAGCCUGUCAGACUUACCUGACCAGUUUCGGGAGCCGUGGCCAAUCCCUGAGUGUGUGAAAGGAAAACAUGCUCAACUGGACACGACACCAUGAAGACUGAGACCUGCACUGACAAGAUAAAGGAUUCAGUGCACACCGAUCACAGAAGAGGCAGAAUUCACCAGAGACCAGCCUGAGGCUGUCACAGAAGCACAAGAUGGCCCAGCUGGACACUGAUCUUUUCACUGAGCAGGAGCUGACCUGCUCCAUCUGUCUGGACCUCUUCAGCGAGCCCGUUUCCACGCCAUGCGGACACAACUUCUGCCAGGGCUGCAUCGGUGGCUACUGGGCCUCCAGCUCCGUCUGCACCUGCCCACUGUGCAAACGAGUGUUUGAAGAACGUCCGAACCUGAGCAUAAACCGUGUGUUUGCACAUAUCGCCCAGAAAUAUAAAGAGGUGCACUAUGAUGGGCCUCCUCAACCGAAGCCAAGGCAAAGAGCAGUCAUUACUGGAGCUUCACUAAAUGAUGCAGAGCAGAUUUUAUGUGACGUCUGCAGUGGCAAGAAAAUGAAAGCUGUCAGCUCCUGUCUUACGUGCACUGCGUCUUACUGUGAGAUUCACAUACUGCCACAUCAGCAGACGCCAUUCUAUGCUUCCCAUCAACUGCUGGAUCCCCGUGAAGCCCUGCGAGGCCGUACCUGUCAGGAGCACCACCGGCUGCUGGAGGUCUACUGUCGUACAGAUCAGAAGUGUAUCUGUGCCAUCUGUGUGCUGGAGGAACACCGCACACACACCACAGUCUCAGUGCAGACAGAACGCGCUAGCAAACAGAGACUCCUGGGAAAAACAGAACUGGACCUUCAGACAUGUGUUGACAAAAGAAAUGCCCAACUAACUGAGCUGAAGAGCAAACUACAUGCCUUGCAGAGCUACGCUCAAGCUGAGCUGUCCGAGGUGGAGCAGCUCCUGUCUGACGUCACACACUCGGUAGAUCGCAUUCGCACUGAGCUGGUGGGUGGGAUUGAGGAGAAGAGAGAGGCUGUGAUUGGACAAGGACAAAGCAUGGUCACCCAGCUUGAGACAAAGUUAGCACAGCUGCAAGAGAGGAGAGGUCGACUGGAGGCACAGGCUAUUUCAAAUGACCAUAUUGGCUUCCUUCAGAGUUUUGAGGAAGCCAACAGUCCCCUGCAGGACUCAGAUAUGGAUAUGCAUGAGGUGGAUGAGCUGACCCUAAUCUUCUCACUUGGGGAUGUCAAAGCAGCUUUAGGAGAGAUCCGGGAAAGACUGGAUGACAUACGCUUUGGGGAAGUGCAUUACCGACACUCUGUGCCAUCAUUAGCAGAGAGUGAGAGUAUGAUGAGUGUUCGAUCAAUGAAGAGGAAGGAGUGGUCAUUAAAAGAUCUACGGAUAUCAAAAACAGGCCACAAAAAGGUUAAAAGCUAUCUUGAGGACGUAACACUGAAUCCAACUACAGCGUACCCAUUCCUCAUCCUCUCAGAGGACCGCAAACAGAUGAAACGCGGCGAGAAGCUGCAGUUCUACAGGAACAACUCGCUUCGCUUCGAUGUUUGGUCCUGUGUGCUCGCCAAAGACGGCUAUGAAUCUGGAAGACACUACUGGGAGGUAAAUGUUGGUGAAAAUAAGGACUGGAAGCUGGGAGUGGUGCGAGAGUCGGCCCAGAGGAAAGGUCUGUUUGACAUGACCCCUGCCAUUGGCUACUACGCUCUGUGGUGGAGCGGGAAACAUUUACACGCUCUGACCGCGCUGCCACUCGCUAAGGUUAAGAUCACGGGUCACUUGAGGCGUAUCGGCAUCUAUCUGGACUGUGAGGAGGGUCAACUGGUCUUCUACAAUGCCAAGACAGGAUCAGAGGUGUAUACAUUUACUGUAACAUGCUCAGAGAAACUGUUCCCACUGUUCGGCACCGGAGAUAAAGAUGUGCCGUUGAUGCUGAUGUCUCCAUUUGUCAGUGUCCCAGAAUGAGAAUGUGUGUAUUUUGAAUGACAAAAGCGAGGAAGAAGAAAGGCGGAUCAUCUUUGUAAAAAGUAAGCCACAAAAUGAGUUGAGGACAAUGGAAAGACAGAUGAAUAAUGUAGGACACUCAGACAUUGUGAAAUAAAGUUAACAUUUCACACUGGCCAUAGCUGAUCAACUUAUUUGUUAUGCCAGGCGCUGAAAUUAAACUGUUCAAAGUUGGGAAUCACUAAGACAUCUUUGAAACAAAUUGAUGCUUAUGCCAAUAAUUUAACAUUUAAUCUAUCAAAAUGACAAUUAAUCUGUAAAUUAUUAAUCUUGGCAAAAGACAUUUUCUUGCCAGGGCUAUUUCUUGACAUAGACAGACGCCGAUGAGCCCCUCAACGCCCCGUUAACAACCUUAACACAGUGACACGGCAGUAUAUAAAUAAAUCUAAUUAAAACAAUUACAAAAACAAAUGUGUUCCAAACGUGUUUCAUUCGCGUCAGUCGUAUGAUUACCCCAUAUGAAAUAUAUGAAUCAAUUGACAUUUCAGCUGUAUUAUACCCCAUCAAUGAAUUCUAAAAAAGAUGAAAAUAUUUUGGGAAUGUCUUUAAAGCUAUUGUUUUGUUUACAGAAUUACUUGUCAAUGAUGCACACAAUACUGCACAAAUGCAUAGGACCAGCAGAAUCUGAGCCAGUGCUGGCCUGAAUAUAUAGUGUAUGUGCCUAGUAGUGUAGUGUAUCAUUUGCUUAUUAUUAUUAUAAUUAUUAUUUUUCAUUGCUGAUUUUUUUCUUCUCUCAAUAAGAGGCAAGAAGUUUGCCAAUCCUAAUUCUAAUGAGUAAUUUGUAGGUAAAACUGAUACUGAACUCUUUCUAAAUUAUAUUUUUGCAUACAUUUUGAAAAAUAAAUAUGAGAUGGUUAUCCACACAGAGAUGAUGUAAAUGUGUGAUGCCAGCUACGUUCCAUGUUUCAUGAAUAAGUGGAGAUUGUGUAAAUCAUGAGUCUUUAUUGCAUCAGUUAUGUAUGGUAAGUCAGAUAAUGGGAUCUCUCCCGUUCUGCCUGUUCUGAAUCUAACCAUGGGUUAUGGAAAUGAUGGCCGUUCAUCCAUGGUCAGAGAUACCCUAACUGCAGCUAAAAGACCCUAAUCCAGCCAUGUCCUUGUUUCUGUGUAGUGUGUUGAUGCUAAUUCUGGGUCUAUUUAAUGUGUGUUGCUUAGAAGGAUGAAUAGGAAUCAUUGUAAAUUAUUUUUUGUUAAUGUCACGGUCACUUUUAUUGUAUAGAUUCUUCCUAUAUGAGACGGUGGCAGGUUCAUUCAACAUUUAAGUCAUUGUCUAUGGAUUUUAGUGGUUGGAUAAUAUUAAGAUUAAAUAAGAUAUUUAUUGCUAAAUAUGUGAUAUUACCUAUUCUAAAUGGGAUAAGCAGGUUUUCUUUACACUAUACAAUGUUUAUUUAUUGGUAAAAUUGUAGACUUGGACCCAUUUAUUGUAUAAUCUGAUAUUUUAGUAUAAUAAUUAAUGAGAUUGAUAACUUCUAUGAGUGUUUUUUUUUGCAUAUUCUUGUUGGCACAGUAAAAUACUGUCUGCAUUUAGUGAAAAGUUCUGAAUGCUUUUAUGUAUUGAGAAGCCAAAGUUGUUAUCAUUUUGUCUUAUUGCAGCUCUAUGAAUAAUGCAAAUAGGAGAGGGCCAUCCUUGCCUGGUCCCUAGUAGCAACUCAAAUGAUGCUGUGAUAAUGUAGCCCUGGGUCUACUGUAUGAUGUUCAAUGGAUGAAUGAUUCCUCAAAAAUAAAUGUUUCUAGUGUUGCAAAAAGAAAGUUCCAGUUGACUUUUUCUGCAUCUAAUAAUA